GGGUAAAGGGGUUUGAUCACACCUGCAGGGUCCAGACGACGUCCGACGUCCCUUCUCUGUCUGAUAUCUCACAUUGGCAUUUCCAUCACGACGACAAUACCCUUCUUCUGGUAACAUCACUUCACAACAUCAACCGGACGUCGAACAAGUCGCCAUUGAGCCAGACCUAGUCUACACCACCGUCAACCGCCCUCAUUUAUCGGCAUACCUAGAAAUACUUGAGCAACUUCCGCCACACCAACUCACCUAACCCACCCCCGACCGGAGGAAUGGCCAAACCACCUCCAACGGGACAUCCCACCCCCGGGUCCACGGGAUUCACCACCCGCCUCCGCUCCUACUUCCGUCCCGGCACCACCUCCAACCCCCUCGAGCGCCGCCUCCUCCUCAAAAUCGACUUCUUCAUCCUCACCUUCUGCUGCCUCUCCUACUUCCUCAACUACCUCGACCGCACCGCCCUCUCCAACGCCUACGUCUCCGGCAUGAAAGAGUCCCUUUCCUUUCGUGGGAACCAACUCAACCAAAUCAACACGUGCUUCACCAUCGGCUACGUCCUCGGCCAAAUCCCCUCCAACUUAUCUCUCCACUACAUCCCCCCGCGCAUCUUUUUUCCCGGGAUGAUGGUCCUCUGGGCCGGUCUGACCAUGGUCACUGCCGCCGCUCGACACCCCGGCGAUAUCAUGGCUAUUCGCUUUUUCCAGGGGAUUGCCGAGUCAACGACCUUUGUCGGCACGCAUUAUAUCCUCGGAAGCUGGUACACGGAGCAAGAGCUGGGGAAGCGAUCCGGGGUGUUUACUGCGAGUGGACUGGCAGGGACCAUGAUUGGCGGGUUUGUGCAGAGUGGGAUUCAUGGGAGUAUGGAUGGAUUGAGGGGCUUAAGCGGGUGGCGGUGGUUGUUCAUUAUUGAUGGGAUUAUUACGCUGCCUGUGGCGAUAUAUGGGUUUUGUCUGUUUCCCGAUACGCCCAAGACGACGAGGGCGCCGUAUUUGAGUGUGGAGGAACGGGAGUUGGCGAUACGCAGGAUGGAGAAGAAGAAGCAGGGUGAGCCAGCGGAAGUGGGGAGGUCGUCGGGGGAUACGCUUGUUGAGGCUGAAACAUCUGUCUCGAAACCCGGCACGCAACCACGUCCCGAACCAAAGCCAUCACCUUCUAUCGAUCACCAGGGGCAUCUCCACCAGCACCCCUCCCCCUCCUCUUUCUCCUCCACCCCCUCCAACAGCCCCGAAGCGACAGCGACAGCACACGCCGCGGCAAAAACCGAAUCCUCCCUCACAAAAACCCACCCUUUUUCUCUCCCCUUCCUCCGCUCUUUGUUUACAUCUUACCACUGCCCCUCCUUCAUCUUCCUCUGGAUCCUCGCAGGCGAAACCGAGUCCUUUUCCUCCAACGCCCUCUUAUCUCUCUACCUCAAAUCCCACCCGUCCAAUACUCCCACAACCCCAAAAUACACCAUAUCCCAACUAAACACCUACCCAACAGGCGUUCCAGCCGUCGGGAUUCUCUCCACCCUCUUCUUCGCCUUCAUCACGGACUUGUACCCCCACCACCGGUCCAUGGUGGGUUACUUUAUCGGCAUCAUCGGGGUCCUUACCCCCUCUUUGAUUCUCGCAGCAGAACAUGGACACUUUGGAGAUCCAGCUGGAAGCAAAGCGACGGCCGUGGUGAUGGGGAUGUACUACCUGUCUGGAUCUAUCUACGCCUGUCAAGCGACCUUUUUCGCAUGGGCGAACGACGCGAUGACGAGGGAUGGGAAGGAGGCCGUGUUUAGAGGGGUGGUGCUGGCGGGGAUGAAUAUGGGGAAUAAUGCUGUGAAUGCGUGGUGGAGCAUAGUGUUUUACGGGGCGGACAUGGCGCCGUGGUUUGAGAGGGGGAUGUGGGCUAUGAUUGGGACGAGUGUUGCGCUGGCGGUUUGGACGGCUUUCCUGUCGUAUAUGGAGAGGAGGUCGAGGAGGAGGAGGAGGGAGGAGCGGGAGGUGAGGGAGAGGGAAGAGGCGAGGGGGGUACAGGGCGGUAUUGCUGCAGAUGGGCCGUUGGCGAGGGACGAGAAGGGAAAGGGGGUUGGUGAUGUGUAAUGAUAUAAUUGAGGUGGUUGUACAUAUGGCCAUUCUGAGGACACUCAAGGUUUCUUGUGAGGUCCUCGGUAAAUAUCCCUUUCUUUCCUUCAUGGCUGUGCUUAAAACCCGUAUAUAGAUUCGUCGGAGAGCAAAUGUCACGUCUCAUUGCAAC